AUGACCGGCGGCGGCAAGUCUGGUGGCAAGGCGAGCGGUUCCAAGAACGCGCAAUCGCGUUCUUCUAAGGCGGGUCUUGCUUUCCCUGUCGGACGUGUUCACCGUCUACUCAGGAAGGGAAAUUACGCUCAGCGUGUUGGUGCUGGAGCUCCUGUUUAUCUCGCCGCUGUUCUCGAGUAUCUCGCUGCUGAGAUUUUGGAAUUGGCCGGCAAUGCUGCCCGUGACAACAAGAAGACCCGUAUCAUUCCCCGUCAUCUUCAGCUUGCUAUUCGCAACGACGAGGAGUUGAAUAAGCUUCUCGGGCACGUAACCAUUGCGCAAGGUGGUGUUUUGCCCAACAUUCAUCAGAACCUACUUCCGAAGAAGACCGGUGGAAAGGCCGGUGCCGCCAAGGGGAGCCAGGUCCUUUAG